AUGACAAUAUGUUUAGACACAGGGUUUACACUUGAAAAGGGCCCAAACCAAGGGCUGAAACAUUGUGAUUUUGCACUGAAUUGUGGCCAGUCAUGCUCGAUAAAGUAUUCACUUUUGGCGACUAGUUCUGUUAGUGGCGUUACAAUAAGAUCUGUGCUAAACGCUAUACAAGGUCACUUACCUUAUCGAGUAUGGCUACCAUACGAUUACAAUACACCUUCGAUGUUCUGGAUUACAUCCAUUCAACAAAUUAUAACUGUGAUAUUCUGUACCAUCGUAAACGUCGGCACGGAAACUCUGGUUUUUGGAUUGUUUCUGCAAACAUGCGCGCAAUUUGAAAUCUUUGAAAGUCGUCUUCGUAAAUUAGUGAUGAACAAAACGAACAAAUUAAUGAAAAAUGAAGUUAGAUAUCAAAAAUACUUAUCUCCUUCGUCAAAUAAAGAAGAAACGAUAUCAAAAUACAUAUAUCAUCACCUCGAGAUUUACAAAUAUGCCAAAACAGUAAAUUUUAUAUUCAAUCAGGUACUCUUUGUCCAAUUCUUUGGCAGUAUAUUGAUAUUAUGUACAAGUGUAUAUUAUCUGUCAACACAUAGUACGCUGUCCGAAACAGCCACUUUGAUAGUGUACACUAUUUGCAUGUUUGUACAAAUUUAUGUUUACUGUUGGUCCGGAAAUGAAGUCAUACUUAAGAGUAUGAGCGUGGGAGAUACAAUAUAUUGUAUGAACUGGCCUUCACUAUCAGUUAACGAAAGGAAAGAACUACUAAUGAUCAUGUUACGCAGCACA